AUGAAGAUCAACGUUAUUGAGGCGGCAAAACAUGCCAAAGAGUUAUGGCUGAAGAAAGAUCCCCGGGAUGAAGACGAGCUUCAGUCUGACGUUCAAGUCGAGGUGGUCGAGGUGGAAGAACAUCUACUUGAGUGGAUGGGAGCCAAACUGGGUAUUCCUCCGUCGGAUAUGGAUGGCGGGUAUCCGCGAGAAGUCCAUUUUAUGGCGGAAAAACUCGCAGAAAUGUCUCUCGAGAAAGCCCUGGAGCUCGUGAAAACUAAUUACGACUACCAUGACCAUGACAACAACUUUCGGCACGAAUACCGGAUGGAAAUCAAGGGUCUGUUGGACAUUUUCAAGGACAGCCCAGUCGAAUCAGAAAAAGAGGACCCCGAAAACAUUCUUCUGAUUCGUUAUUGGGCCACCAUUUUCGAUUGGUGGAGUCCUUACCCCGAGGUACGCUCUGUCACCGAUCCUUUCGAUGAAACAGACACUACGGUCGAAACCUGGCGAGUAUGGGUACUGGGAACAAUUUGGGUGGCCAUUUCGGCCUUUGUCAACCAGUUCUUCUCUGUACGUUUACCUGCCAUCACUCUUGACGCCUCUGUCUGCCAGCUACUGCUCUAUCCUUGUGGAAGACUCCUUCAGUAUGCACUUCCCGACUGGGGUUUCAGAUUCAGAGGCAAAAGGUAUACUCUCAAUCCGGGAAUAUGGAGCCAGAAAGAACAACUACUGGCCACAGUUAUGGUCACUUGUGCCAACGGAACUCCCUACAUUACAUCCAACGUCAUCACCCAAGCGCUUCCCAUCUUCUACAAUCAGAAAUGGGCCUCUGACUACGGAUAUCAGUUUGUGUUCAUGCUUACUACGCAGAUGAUUGGUUUUGGUAUGUCUGGAUUGCUCAAACGUGUGGCUGUGUAUCCGGUAAAAGCCAUGUGGCCGUCGCUACUGCCUACUCUUGCCGUCAACAAGGCACUACUGGCUCCAAAUCGAAAAGAGAGCAUCAACGGCUGGAAAAUAUCACGAUACAACUUCUUCAUGGUCAUUUUCGCCGUCUCUUUUCUCUACUUUUGGGUCCCCAACUACCUCAUGAACUUCAUGCAGACCUUCAACUGGAUGACCUGGAUUUCCCCCCGAAAUGCAGAUCUGGCCAUCGUGACGGGCUCAAUUGAAGGGCUUGGAUUCAACCCAAUCCCCACCUUUGACUGGAACCAGGCGACCGCCCUACUGGCUCCCAUUACCCUACCUCUCUACACCUCUGUCACGGGCUUCUGCGGGGCCUUGUUUGGAGGGCUGGUAAUUCUGGCUCUCUACUACUCCAACAACUCGUGGACGGGGUACAUUUCCAUCAACUCAAAUCGACUGUUUGACAACAAAGGAGAGGUUUUCAACGUGACGAGAAUUCUGACAGACUACAGAUUCGACCGAGACAAGUACCUAGCCUAUUCAACCCCGUACUACUCGGCAGGAAACCUGGUGGCGUACUCGGCCAACUUUUCAAUCUUCACCUUCUCCUUUGUCUACACGAUUCUCACUGAUUGGAGAGCAAUGAAAGACGCCAUAGUAGACACCGCCAAGGCGGUCAGAUACAUCCAUCGGUCCAACUACUACGGCAAAGUCGACCCGUACUCUCGAUACAUGAGAAAACACAAGGAAGUUCCAGAUUGGUGGUUCUAUCUGGUCAUGAUCAUCAUGUUUGUCCUAUCUGUGGUUCUUGUUGAGGUAUGGCCGGUGGACACUCCGGUUUGGUGCAUUGUUUUUGUCAUUGGGUUGGUUGCUGUGUUCAUUAUCCCCUUUACCGUGUUUCUUUCUUACACAGCUACAGAACUCACUCUCAAUGUGCUUUCCGAACUCAUGAUUGGAUAUGCCUUGCCUGGGCGGUUCAUGGCUCUCAAUCUCGUCAAAGCCCUGUCUGUUCAGAUUGCCCAGCAAGCCCAAGCGUACACCAAGGACCAGAAGCUCACCCAUUAUGCCCAUUUACCCCCCAGAACAAUCUUCUGGCUGCAGCUCUGGGCCACCCUGGUGAAUGGAGUGGUUGCAAUGGGUGUCAUCCAGUUCCAGUUGGGCCAAGAAAAGCUCUGUGAACCAGAUAACAAGAUGAAGUUCACCUGUCCUGAACAGACCACGUUUUUCACCGCCUCGGUUGCUUGGGGGGUCAUUGGGCCCAAAAAGAUGUUCAACAAGUAUCCCGUGAUGAAAUGGAUGUUCUUGUUUGGAGCGUGUGCCGGGCUUUUUUUCUUCUUUGUGCAGGUCACCAUGCCCAAACUGAUGGUCCGAUGGUUCCCCAAACAUGCAGACAGAAUCGACUUUUACCGACGCAAGUUCCUCUAUUUCAAUCCUCUCAUUUUUGUCAUGGGAAUUGUGGACGGAUGGUCCCCCUACAAUCUGACCUACAAGGUCGGCGGUCUCUAUCUCGCGCUCGUGUUCAACGGAUACAUUAAGGGACGCUACCUGGCCUGGUGGAGAAAGUACGCCUACGUAAUGGAGGCGGCUAUUGUGACUGGAAUCGCCUUGUCGGCCAUCAUCAUCUUUUUUUCCGUUCAGUACAACCCCAAGGAUCUGGACUGGUGGGGCAACAGUGUGGUAAAUGCUGGAUAUGACAGUGAGGGCAUUCCUCCGAACGUCCAGGUGCCGGAAGACCCCGGCUAUUUUGGUCCGCCUCCCUCCGAGUGGUGA